AUGAUCCAUGGAUUCUCCUGGGCACUCCUCGUGCUUGGACGGGGUCUCCUUCCCUCCGACGAGCCUGGCAGGGUUCCCCACCGCCGUGGUCCGCGGCGGGACGUCGAUCAGAACCACAGAACCUGCCCCAACUUUCGCUCCUUCUCCAAUGUUGACAUUCCCCAGGAUCGUCGCCCCGGCGCCUAUCAGCACGCCAUCGCCGAUCUUCGGGUGCCGGUCGCCGCAAGCUUUCCCCGUUCCACCGAGCGUGACGUGGUGCAGGAUCGACACGUUGUUCCCAAUCACCGCCGUCUCGCCCACGACCACCCCCGUGGCGUGGUCGAACAGAACCCCCUUCCCGAUCCUCGCCGCCGGGUGAAUGUCGACGGCGAAAACGUCGGAGACCCGGGACUGCAGCGCUAGAGCCAGCGGCCGCCGGGAUUGCAUCCACAACUUGUGAGCCAAUCGAUGCGCCUGAGAA